GGAGAGAACAAGCCGGCGAAACACGCAAAGGACGACAGGAAAAGGUUUUACAUCCGGGAACCUUGGGCUACAGGCCCGCCGACAAAAUGGCGGCCCGGAACUGAACCCCGGAAAAAGGGGGGGGAGAGAAAUUGCAGGGAGGAGGGAACGAGCAACUGCUUCCAUCAACACCGGGGACCUAAACCUUGCAGCCACUGCAGAGAGGUUCCGCCGCGCCGCUACCGCCCCCCCUGAGAAUUCCUGGCCCUAAAAGCGCCGCCUCCUCCUGCUCCUCCUCCUCAGGCAGGUUUACCACAGAUAAAUUACAUUGAUUUCAAUGAAACUUUCUUCCAAGUUGGCUGGCCUAGGUUUGAAUGAAUGGUUGUACUACUGGAACCAAGGUCAACAGUGAAUUUUGAAGUUACUAUCCAACUUAUUGCUUAUAUUGAAAGUGAAUCUUUGUUAGAGGUUAUACGGUUUCAUGAAGAGAAGUGAGAAGCCAGAAGGAUAUAGACAAAUGAGGCCUAAAACUUUUCCUGCCAGUAAUUACACUGGUAGCAGCCGGCAAAUGCUGCAAGAAAUACGAGAAAGCCUUAGAAAUUUGCCCAAGCCCUCUGAUGCUGCAAAAACCGAGCAAAAUGUGGGUAAAAUAUCAACUGAUGAUCCUCGACAGGGCCGAAAUCCCCCUAAAUUUGUGACCUACCAUAAAGCUUUGCAAGAAAUUCGAAAUUCCCUGCUUCCAUUUGCAAAUGAAACAAAUUCUUCAACAAGAGGAACAUCAGAAGUCAAUCGACAGAUGUUGCAAGAUCUUCAAGCUGCUGGAUUUGAUGAGGAUAUGGUUGUACAAGCUCUAAGACAAACCAACAGCCGCAGCAUAGAAGCAGCAAUUGAAUUCAUAAGUAAAAUGAGCUACCAAGAUUCUCGGCGAGAACAGAUGGCAGCAGCAGCUGCUAGACCAGUUAAUGCAGGUACAAAACCACCAGGAGGAGUACAGCAAUCAGUCAACCGCAGGCAGAGCUGGAAAGGUUCUAAAGAAUCCUUGGUGCCCCAUAGACAUGGUCCUGCAUUGGGAGAUGGCCUAGCUUUUCAUUCAGAGAGCCCCAUUUCUCAGGCUGAUGGAGGAAGACCUUUGUCUGGCUCUGGAAUAGCAGCAUUUGCUCAGGCUCAUGCUGGUAAUGGACAAAGAGCAAAUCUGCCACCUCCACCUCAAAUAAGGAGUGUAACCCCACCUCCACUGUCUCCUAGGGGAACAACUCCACCUCCCAGGGGAACAAUUCCACCUCCUCCUUCCUGGGAAACAAAUUCUCAAACAAAACGGUAUUCUGGUAGCAUGGAAUAUAUGAUCUCUCGCAUUUCUCCAGUGCCACCAGGAGCGUGGCAGGAUGGCUAUCCUCCACAACCUAUAAAUCCAUCAUCUAUGAAUCCUCCUACACAGGGGCAAAGAGGCAUUAGUUCUGUUCCUGUUGGUAGGCAACCAAUAAUCAUGCAAAGUUCAGUUAACAAUAAAUUUAAUUUUUCUUCUGGAAGGGCUGGAAUACAAAAUGGCAAUUGUCAGGCUGAUUAUAUUGUUCAUCAAAAUAUUGUGCCUAGUAACUCAGCAACUCGUCAACCACCACCUCCUUACCCAAUGUCUUCGACAAGCCAGCAAAGUCCUACACCUUUGCAAAUGCAAGCAGGAGGAUCAGCAGCCCCUUCAACAUAUCCUAAUGGGAACAUUCCUCAAUCUAUGAUGGUGCCGAACAGAAACAGCCACAAUAUGGAACUUUACAAUAUAAAUGUUUCUGGAAUUCCAACAUCCUGGCCUCAAGCAACCUCUGGCAAUGGACAUGAACUCCCAACUUGGCAACCCAAUAUUCCAGUAAGGUCAAAUUCCUUCAAUAACCCUCUUGGAAACAGACAAAAUCAUGCUACCAAUUCACAACCUUCUGCCACCACAGUAACUGCUGUUACUCCAGCUCCUAUACAGCAGCCAGUAAAAAGUAUGCGUGUACUAAAACCAGAGCUGCAAACUGCUGUAGCUCCUGCUUACCCUUCUUGGAUAUCACAACAAAUGCAAGCUGUCCAACCCAUUACCUUUUCUGAGGGACCAUGUACAAAUAUGACAGUCAUGCCACCUGCAGCAGAAGUUCCAACCUAUCAAGGUCCACCACCACCUUAUCCAAAGCAUUUAUUACACCCAAAUCCACCUGUUGCUCCUUAUGAAUCUGUUGCAAAGCCUGGCAAGGAGGAUCAGUCCAGUUUCCCUAAAGAAGAAGAGAGUGAAAAGAAUGAGAGCAGUGAGGGAAUAGAUAGAGAGAAGAAGCAAAUAACAACUUCACCUGUUCCUGUUCGGAAGAACAAGAGGGAUGAAGAACGAAGGGAGUCCCGCAUUCAGAGCUAUUCUCCUCAGGCUUUUAAGUUCUUUAUGGAGCAGCAUGUGGAAAACAUACUCAAAUCUCAUCAGCAGCGACUGCAUCGUAAGAAACAAUUAGAAAAUGAAAUGAUGCGGGUUGGGUUAUCCCAAGAGGCCCAGGAUCAAAUGAGGAAAAUGCUAUGCCAAAAGGAGUCCAACUACAUCCGUCUGAAACGGGCAAAAAUGGAUAAAUCAAUGUUUGUUAAGAUUAAAACCCUUGGAAUUGGGGCAUUUGGAGAAGUGUGCUUAGCAAGAAAGGUGGAUACAAAUGCCUUAUAUGCAACAAAAACUCUACGGAAAAAGGAUGUGUUACUUCGAAAUCAGGUUGCUCAUGUUAAAGCUGAGCGGGAUAUCCUUGCAGAGGCUGAUAAUGAAUGGGUAGUUCGUUUGUACUAUUCAUUCCAAGAUAAGGACAAUUUGUACUUUGUAAUGGAUUAUAUUCCAGGAGGGGAUAUGAUGAGCCUGUUAAUUCGAAUGGGGGUCUUCCCAGAAAAUAUGGCCCGAUUCUACAUAGCAGAACUAAUCUGUGCGGUUGAAAGUGUUCAUAAGAUGGGAUUCAUUCAUAGGGACAUAAAACCAGAUAACAUUCUGAUUGAUCGUGAUGGCCACAUCAAAUUGACUGACUUUGGGCUUUGUACUGGCUUUCGAUGGACACAUGAUUCCAAAUACUACCAGAGUGGUGACCACCCACGUCAGGACAGCAUGGAUUUCAGUAAUGAAUGGGGAGAUCUAGCAAACUGCAGAUGUGGAGACAGGCUAAAGCCACUUGAACGUAGAGCAGCACGUCAGCACCAACGUUGUCUGGCACACUCAUUAGUUGGUACACCAAAUUAUAUUGCACCAGAAGUAUUGUUACGAACAGGAUAUACACAGCUGUGUGACUGGUGGAGUGUUGGGGUGAUUCUCUUUGAAAUGUUAGUGGGACAGCCUCCCUUCCUGGCACAAACACCAUUGGAAACCCAGAUGAAGGUUAUCAAUUGGAAAACAUCUCUACACAUUCCAGCACAAGCAAAACUAACUCCAGAGGCAUCUGACCUUAUUAUUAAGCUCUGCCGAGGGCCAGAAGAUCGUUUAGGCAAGAAUGGUGCAGAUGAAAUAAAAGCACAUCCAUUUUUUAAAUCUAUUGAUUUUUCAAGUGAUCUGCGGCAACAGCCUGCUUCCUACAUUCCUAAAAUUACGCAUCCCACAGACACCUCAAAUUUUGAUCCAAUUGACCCAGAUAAAUUAUGGAGUGAGGAUAAAGAAGGGAAUAUAAAUGACACACUUAAUGGGUGGUAUAAAAAUGGCAAACAUCCUGAACAUGCUUUUUAUGAAUUCACAUUUCGAAGGUUUUUUGAUGACAAUGGUUACCCUUACAGCUAUCCCAAGCCUAUUGAGUAUGAAUACAGUAAUUGUCAUAGAUUGGAGUCGCAGUCAGAUGAAGAUGAGGAGAGAACCAGAAGAGAGGUCCAAAAUCAUGAUCUAGUUUAUAUUUAGUGGAGGAGUUAAACCAUUCUUUGGGGUUUCUCAGAUCUAUGCUGCAACAAAGCCUGAGUUAUUGGGAAGCUGGUUUUCUGUACACUUGGGAUAGAGAGAAAGGAUAUAUGAACACUGUUGGUCCAAUAGUUUGUUCCUCCUGUACCUUUUUUCCCUUUCACAACACGUCCCUUUCAAGCAUUAAUUUAUUCCAGCAUUGUUAAUGAUUAAUAUAGAAAACAAUAAUGUUAGGAACAAUAAAUUAUAAAAUAAAAUGUUACGCCUUUUAUAAAGUAUUCAAAAUAGGAAAUACUAAUUUCUUUAGGAAAUUCGACAUUUCUCUAUUUGCAUAUAGACUACAUACAUUAAUUUUCCUCCCAGAAUUUUUCAGUGGUGUGGUUUUGUUUUUGUUUUGCCUUACAUUGACUAAAUAUCACCAAUACCCAGUACUUUUAAACUGGCAGUUGCUUUCCCUGGCUACUCACCUAAGUCCCACUCUGGGUAAGGCUGGAGAAAGUAAACUAAUUUGCUGGUAGGGUUUCCCAGGCACUCUGCAGGAUUUUUGGGUGUGGAACAAGGAAGCCUAAAAUUAUAAUCCUAAACUUGGAAGUGAGUAAGCCCUGUUGAAUGUAGUGGUACUUCUGAAUAAGCAUGCAUAGGGUUGUGCUGUUUGUCUGUGUUUCCUGUGGCAAUAAAUGAUGAAAACACUAGCUAAUAUUUUAAUUUUGCUUGACUGUUUUGUGAAGCGUAACUAAUUGAGGCUGAUGGGGGGGGCAUGCAAGGUGAUACUGACCUAUUAUGAAAUGUCUUUUUUUUUUACUGGUUCCUCUCAUCCUGUAUAAAGAAAAGACUGAAAAUGAUUGGGUUGCUGUGAUAUAUACUUGCCAAGAAGUCUUACACUAUCCCAGCAUUAGCCAGUGAGAUAUGCCAUAAUUAGGGUCCCUCCAAUUCCAUUAUUGCUGUAUCAUUCUAAACCAAAGGGCUUGUUUUACAAACAGAUGAUUCUGUCCUUUGCUCCCAGAUUAAGUAAUUUGAAUAGAACUCACAUUCCUGUUUAAUGGGAAUUAAGCAUAAUUUGCUUUCUCAAGUAAACUGUUUUGUGGUUCCUUUGAAGUUGCAAUCUCUUCUAUCAUCAUCCUAUUAAUACACUAAAUCCUAUUUUCCAUGGUAUUCAGACAACUUCUAUAGCUCUCCUUGCAUGUUGGCAUGAAGAUAUUUCUUGCUUCCUGCUUAGAGGUAAUAUGUCCCUGUUGCAGAUAACUGUUCUGCCUGGAAAAACUAUGUUUACCUCAAUGAUUGGACACGGUUAAUAGUUCUUCAUCCCAGAACCAGCUGCUUUGAACUAAUGGGAAACUGCAAAUUAUAUAGUUUUGCUUGCUUGAUUUUAAAUGCAGUUUUCCCCACAGAUGAUGCUGAACUAUAAGCGUGUGAGUGACCCCUUCAAGCCCAUAUGCUAGCUUUCCUACUCCUGAAGAAUUAGCAAGUUCAACAUCCUAUCUUUAGUGUAUGUAGAGCUUUUAGCAUUAACCAGGGUAUCUUGUGAAAGUUCUGUGCACGUUCAGAUAACCUUGCUCCCACACACUGCAAGACAUGUUCUGUGUAUGGAGCCAAAGUGUGAACCAGACUUUGGAAUGUUUAACUUUAUCGUUAUAGAGGAGGAUGCAGUGUACAGGUCUAACUUUUUAAGAUUUGUCUUUGUAAAAUAAGUCCUAUUUUAAAGAGGAUUUCAAGGGUUGUCGUUUGUUUAAUAUUGAUAGGUGUUCCAGUUAAACUGGCAAGUUUUUUUUUAUUUGUCCUGCAAUAAAAUGUAAUAUAUUCCUGGCUAAAGCCAGAUAAAUGUAAUCUGCUAUUUCUAGGUUAAGUACAUAUGCAAAAUUGCUUUAUUUUCAAAACAUAAUGUUCAUCUAAACAUAAUGUUCAUCAUCUAAACUCAAAGAGUGCAAUCCAGAGAAAGUUAAGCACACAUCACAUUGAGACCAAUUGGUGAUGAGUUGGUCAACGUAUUCCAUGCUGUGGUCACUUCUAGACUGGAUUAUUGCAAUGUGCUCUGUGUGGAGCCGCCCUUGAAGAUGAAUUGGAAACUUCAAAUGCUUCAAAAUGUAGCAGCCAGAUACUGGCUGAGUUUCUUCUUAGAACUCAUUUAACCCCUGCAUUAGUUGCCAGUUUGUUUCAGGGGCAAAUUCAAAGUACUCACAUUAGUGUUUAAAGCCCUAAACAAUUUAGGCCUCAAAUAUCUGAAAGACUGCCUGCCUCCUUCCCUACAGAUCUUCUCAGGUAUUAAGAUCAGCAAAGGGGGGCCUUUUGGUAGCUCACCACCCUCAGACUUUUUUUGGGGGGGGGAGAGGAGAGCAUUAUCUGUGGCAGUUCCUAGGUUAUGGAAUUCCCUCCUUGAGGAGGUGCAUCUGGCAUCUUUAUUAUAUAGCUUCCUUUGUAUGCUUAAAAUAAUACCUCUUUAUGCUGGCCUUUGACACCUGAGAUACAUGUUUUCAUGACCCACCCUAUUCCUGUGAUUGUAAUUUGUUUUACACUAUUUUAAACAUUGAAUUUUAAAUUGUUGUAACCCACCCUGGGACCUGGCAAAGUGGGGGUAAGAAGCCUAAUAAUAAUAAUAAAUAAGUCCACAGAUAAAGCCCAUUACUUUCAUUUAAACCUGACUAAACUUCACCUUUCUAGAUAAUGCCCAUUAUUGCUUUUAGCUGAGAAGUGAUGAUGUAAUAUUCACAAAUGUAUAUUCCAAAUUAAUUAUUUUAAUUACGUUUGUUAAUAUUUAUAUGCAGAGAAAUUAUGUAUGUGAUGUAACUCUGCCAUUUUGGAACAUUUUAAAAAUUAAAUUCUGCCUCAUUUGUUCCAUCUAAAACAUUCCAACAAAUAGUACUCCGUUAUGGAAAAGGAUACUAAAUUAGGAUUACUAUUGAUUGUGAGGUCUUCAUAUAAACAUGGAAAAUCAUGUUUUUCUGCUAUAUGUGACUUAGUCUUGAACCUAUUUUUCAUUUGUCAGGCUGGAUUUAUUGUAGCAUAAGCUUUUACUAGGAAGAGCCUACUUUAUUACUUUGCAUGGUCUUAUUGCCAAGUUGUGCCCUUAGAAAAGAGAACAUAAGCAAUUGUGAUGUCAUACUUCUGAAACUGCAUUUUGUCCAUGUGUAGAUUUCAUACUUUUUUCAAAGUAAUCUUUAGUGUAGAUUCAGAAUACUUUGUAGUCUGCAUAAUUUGCAUUUUUCUGUGUGGAUGUUUCAAUCCUAUUUUUUGGUUUUGUAGUAUAUUCAAACAUAAAUUCAUCUUUGUGGUGGGUCUGAACAAAAGAGGAAAAAACAAAAUUGCUUCAUAUUUGGUUUCCAAAUAUGAAAAGGUUUUCACUUAAAAUAUCAUUGUUUUGCUCUUCCACAUAUAUACAUAUGACCUGUAUUUAUAAAAUGUUCUAUAAUCAUGUAAUUGUAUUGUAAAUACCGUUGUACUAUUCACUUACAUUCUAUCCUUGGGCAGGCCCUCUUGCUGAUUCUUUUCUACCUUAUUUUACCUUAUUUGUAACAGAAUCUGUACAAUAUUACACUAAAACUUUUUUUGAGAGUUAAAAAAAAUCUGUUGCAGUAUGCAAAGCUGUGAUGAAGAACCAGUUCUUUGGAUUUUGUUGAUAUUGUACAUCUGCUAGAGAAUGCAAUGUGAGUGGGUUCAUAGAUGCUGCUCUGUUACCCAAACUACCAAUUAGCUUUUGGCUGCAAAUGUAUCUGGUAUUUGAAACAAGGAGUUAGUAAUUGCUUUAAUGCAGCCAAAGUAAAGCAAUGGUAUAUUUGGGUCAACUUGUGAUAGUAUAACUUUGAAGCGCCUUAACAUAUCCUCCAGUGAAAGGUACUACUCAAGUUUACUUUUAUAUUGCAUUUUGUAUAUAUGCCUUUUAUAUUGUAAACACUCUGCUGAUAAACAUUACACUUUUAUUAAAAAAAACUGUAGUUUGAGAUAAGUGCCUUGGCAGACAAUAUAACUGAAUCAUCUUUACAUAUUUCUGCAUAUAAUAACCAUUUGGUAAAUUCUCUGUGUGUCUUAUGAAGCUCUUUCUACUUUUUAAA